AUGGAAGUUGAGUUUACGAUGCGCAUCUCCUACCUGGAGCUGUACAACGAGGAGCUGUGCGACCUCCUCUCCACCGAUGACUCACCAAAAAAACGCAUCUUCGACGACAGCACAAAGAAGGGUUCGGUGAUCAUCCAGGGCCUCGAGGAGAUCACUGUCCAGAGCAAGGACGAUUUCUACAAGCUCCUGGAGAAGGGCAAGGAGCGACGCAAGACCGCGACCACCCUGAUGAACGCGCAAGAACGGCAUCGAUGGCGAGGAUAUGCUGAAGAUCGGAAAACUCAAUCUGGUGGAUCUGGCGGGCAGCGAGAACUUCUCCAAGGCGGGCAACGAGAAGGGGAUACGCGUGCGCGAGACGGUCAAAAUCAACCAGAGCCUCCUGACGCUGGGCCGUGUGAUUACCGCUCUGGUGGAUCGGGCCCCCAUGUCCCGUACCGCGAAUCGAAGCUGACGCGUCUGCUGCAGGAGUCGCUGGGCGGCCGGACAAAGACCUCGAUCAAUGCCACCAUCUCGCCAGGGCACAAGGACAUUGACGAGACACUCAGCACGCUGGUGUACGCGCAUCGGGCGAAGAAUAUCCAGAAUAAGCCAGAAGUCAAUCAGAAGCUAACCAAGAAAACGGUCCUCAAGGAGUACACCGAGGAGAUUGACAAACUGAAGCGAGAUCUCCUCGCAGCGCGAGACAAGAAUGGCAUCUAUCUUUCGGAGGAGACCUACGGGGAGAUGACCAUGAAAAUUGACUCGCAGAAUCGAGAGCUCAACGAGAAGAUGUUGCUGCUGAAGGCCCUCAAAGAUGAGCUGCUGUCGAAGGAGAAGACCUUCAACGAGGUGAGCCUGAGUCUCGUGGAGAAGACCCAGGAGCUGAAGAAAACGGAGCAGCACCUAACCGACACCAAGGGGAGUCUACUGCUGACAAAGAAGGUCCUCACGAAGACCAAGCGCCGCUACAAGGAGAAGAAACAGCUGGUGGCCUCGCACAUGAAAACGGAGGAGACGCUCACGACGCAGGCGCACAAAAUCCUGACCGUGGCAGAUCUGGCCACCAAUGAAACGGAACAGCUUCAUGGCACCAUCGAACGGCGAAGGGACACCGAUGAAAAGAUAUGCAGUGCCUGCGAUCAGUUCAAGGAUCGCAUGCAGGACAAUCUGGAGGUGAUUGGCGGCAGCCUGAGUCUCUAUUUGGAGCAGCAGGCGGCCUCCAAGCAGCAUCUGAGCCAGGAAUUGGUACCCGUCUGUCCGUACGCGAACACCGUGCAAUUGUAGCCGCUUAGCACCUCUUCGAUCAGGGGCGACACCACCACCGCAUAGACAUCGCAUUGCUCGGACUCGGG